AUGGGAGGGAUGGACGCAGUGUUAUGGUCAGAAGUCGUGUUAUCAAUAUUCAUCUGUUCAAUUAUAUUCACCCAUUCAUUCACCCCUCUCUGUCGUGCCCUCAGCGUCUUGCUCUUGGUAGCCUUUCAUCUUGGUGCGUUUUUAGCACAGAGAGCACAAGGGGAAAGAUACCAAGGUGUUGAGGGAGUCGAGAUGAAUAAAAGCACUAUCUAACAGUGAAGAGCAUGCUGGGCAACGAUGCAAUGAAGAACAUGAUGGGCAACAUGAUGCGGAAAGGCGAUAGCUCUGAGAUUAAGAUGAGGGGUGCUAUCGUUCACUUAAAUCAAUGCUGUUGCAUUUCCGUUGCAUUGAGAAGUAGUCGCUGUUCAUCUACCUCGGUACCUCUUUUUUCAUUGUUUUGCCCAACUACUUGUGUAUGUCAACUUCAGUCAGACGAAAUUGAGGAUAUUUGACCUCGACGAAAUCAAAAAUUUUGCGUCGAGAAGCUCCGUGCGGUUUCCUUGCUGGCCCGUACGAUUUUGUUAAGAGUUAACUUGUCCGCUAAUGACAAGGCGAAGAAAAAAUCCACCGAAUCCAAGUCCGCCAAGGAUAAGAAGAAAGAGAAGGCGAAAGAUACAAAGGAGACUAAAUUAAGGACUUCCGCAUUACAUUAGCCACCAAUUGAAUAUCUUUUGAUCUACUACUUCAGGGCAAGAAUUCCAAGUGGAGAAUAGUAAGAGGUCAAGAAUCAACUUGAGGAAUGUAAUGCUGCAACCUUUAAGUCAGAAGACUGCUGGAAAGAAGCGACCGAUGGACAAGGCUUCGCUAGACAAGAUCGUCGAGGGUCUUGGUGUCGACAACAUGAAUGGCGGGGUCUCGGAGAUGAUAAAGUUAAGAAUCUAGGUACUUGUAGUAUUCGUGCAAAUAAUAGUACUAAGAGUAAAAAUACUGGUGGUUCAAAUAGUUAUAGUACAACUAGCUGCAAGUUGUACUAGGUGCACUCAAAGAGAGUAAGGUUUUCUUUUUUUUCACCUCAAAACUUCUAACCUAAAAAUUCGGCGAUCACGGUCCGGAGGAUCUGCUGAAGAAGAUUGAGGACUUAGAGGCUGGUGGUAUGAAGGACGAGGGAAAACUGAACGAGGUCAUGAAGGCUUUGGGUGGAGGGGAUGGCAUUGCGAAAAUGGUCUUAUGGAUGGUUGAUGUUUUGGUACUUCGAAAGAGAAGUUCACCUCUGAUGGCGGAUCUAAAUUGUUGAUGUACAGGACGUCUCGUGGCUAUUGAUUCCAGAACAAGAAAAGGUAGAAAGAACUACAACCUCGUUGCAUGCGUAUCUGACCAUGAGAUUUAGAUUUAGAUUGACAAAAUUAGCUAUUCAGAUUUAGAUUAGAUUUAGAUUGACAAAAUUAGCUAUUUAGAUUUAGACUAGAUUUAGCUGUUCCCAAACAAAACUUGCGAAGACAGCAUAAGUCUCCUCUAACGUUGAAAGACAUGGGUGGAGAAGAGGGACUGCAAAGCAUGUUCGACAAAAUGAAUGUCAAAGGUGGUCUGACCGACACGGUGGACAAACUACGUGGCAAAAAAGUUAAGGCUUAAAAACUGCACCUACUUAAAAUAUCCAUCUUUUUCUGGAGAAUUUUCCUGAAGUUUCUGUUGUACAAGGGGAAAGCUUUCCUUCACUAGGUGAGGAAAGCUGCGAAGGUUUUCGCAAGAGAAGCACCAGGACGCGCCUCCUUUGAAGACGGAUAUUACGGGUGAGCUCUAAAAAACGGGAUACGAAAAAAUCGAAGAAGAGCAAGGGCGGCAAGAAAGGUCGGGAGCUUUAGAUCUUUAGGGGUUCGGUCCCAGGUGGAAUUUCGAUUAGCUAGGAAUCUACUUCGAGAACUUUAGAUUUAGAAUGGCCCUGAUAAUAGAGCCACACGUGAAACUGAUAACAAGGCCAAGCUGAAUAUUUAGCCGCAUGUGCACACAGACAUGAACCACCCGGAAAAAAUGUCGAAAAUUUUGAUUGACUAACAAAAUUAGUUGGGCACAAUCAUGAUAUAUCAUUAGCAGUCGAAUCCGCCAGACGAGGUAUUCAAGACGCGAGUGUAGUAGGCAUAGCAUUCUUGACAUGAACGCUUUAGAUUCUCACAAAUUACACACCUUUCCUAGAAGAAAGCACCCCUAAAGACCAUGUUGCACUGACUGCGUUCCCAGCGCUGCCAGCGAUACCUAGUAGACCCUCACACAUUCACGCACCCACAUUAAGAUCACCGACUGAGUGUCAUCUUCCUUGAUGAUACGAUUUAGAUUUAAAAUAGAGCUUGUGCCCUGAAAGAGCGGAUGUUUGACGCGUAUUCUGCUGUGUUUGCUUGAUUUUUAGAAUACAGAUAAGUGACGACGACGGGAUGAAUGAAGAAUGCACAAAAAUUGAUACGAGUUGUUGAGUGCACUCAGG